AUGCACCACCCCCGACUCGCCGACUUCUACGAAGACUUCACCCGCCCACACACGUCCCCACAACUGAUCAACUCCUCGAACACAAACACAAACACGCACACCCACGCAGCCACAACAUCUACAACAACCGCCAACGGCACAGUCACGUACGGAUCCUCAUCACCUACGUUGGUACCCUCGUUCCUUCCCAUCGAAGACAUCUACGUCGCGCCGCAGUAUCAGCCGCCGAACCCGGAGGACGAGGACGAUGUGGUUCCGGACCAGCACGCGGCGUUUGGGAUUGCAAGAGCGAUGGAGAGGAGGAGGGAGGCUGUGUGGAGGGAUCUGGGGCUCGAGGGGUUGGUUUGGUCAGCGGAUUGA